AUGUCGUCGUCCUUCCUCCAGAAACAGGCCAAGUCCUUCAGUGCAAGCCUGAGCUCAGCCUCUGACAAACUCUCCAAGCCUGGCAGUAAGCCCUCCGCAGUCGAUGCCGUCGCGGCCACUCUCGCCCCUCCUUCGCCAUCCCCCUCCGCAACCUCCGACACAGCAAACACUCCCACCGCCAAGCGAAAACGAGAUGCCGUUGCCGAGAUCUGGUCCCAGCCGCAGCUCACGGGCUAUGGUGCAGAGGUCAAGACGCAGAUGACCUUUGCUGUCGAGUACCUCAAGAAAAAGGGCGAACCAAAGUCGGUCACCGACAUCAUCGAUCAUCUCAGUCUCAGGCACUUUGCCGAACAGCACAAGAAGGAGUUGGUGGACGGCUUGCGGGGCCAUCCUCGUGUCGACUGGAAGCCGGAUACGAACCUAAGCGAGCAGACCUGGAAGACGGGCACGUACACCCACCGACCCAUCAUCCCGGGCGUUAAGGACGGCACCUCGCUUCUGGCACACCUCCAACGCAAGACGGAUGCGUCCGGUGUCUCUGUGAAGGAUCUCAAGGACGGCUGGCCCGACUGUGAGGAUACUCUGACGGAGCUGGAGAGGCAGCACAAGGUGCUCGUUGUACGAACCAAGAAGGACAACUUCCCCCGAUAUGUCUGGGCCGACGACUCGUCCCUGCACCACAAGGUUCAGCCCGAGUUCCAGCUGAUGUGGCAGCGUGUCCCAAUCCCAAGUCUUGAUGACAUGCACCGCAAGCUGGUUAGCGUCGGUCAGAAGCCCACGAGCGACGACCCACACAAGGGAGGUCAGGGAGGCCCAGCGAAGCCCAAGCAGCAGAAGAAGCGAGCAGGCAAGCGGAUCGGGAAGGCCACCAACGUUCACAUGGCGCAUCUCAUGCAAGACUACAGUGGCAUGCGAAGAUGA